AUGGCCCUUGUAGGAAAAUGGGAAUUUGUAUCUGCAGAAAACUUGGACCAGUAUAUGGAAGCUACAGGUGUCCCUGAGGCUCUCCGGGAGGUGGCUAGGAAAAGUAAACCAUCCAUGGAUAUUCUCCAAUCCGGGGACAGUUGGACCAUAAAAACUACUGUCGGAGACACUGUGAAGGACACAACAUUUAAGAUAGGAGAGGAAUUCGAAUCCAAGUCUCUCACCGGCCAGGAUCUUAAGUGCAAUGUGAGUAUGGACGGAGAUAUAAUGACGGAGGUGCAGACGGCUGGAGAUGUCAAGGUCGUUAUCACCAGAGAGGUAGCAGGAAAUGAACUUAUCUCUAAAAUGGCCUUUGGUUCAGUUGUAGCUGUGGUGAAGUUUAACAAGGCGUAGGAACAGGAUC